CUAUAAAUGUGUCUUGCUUGAUCAGUCAGACACUUGUGCUGCUAGAGAGUGAGACAGGAAAGUUAAAGCCUAAUCAUGAACCGAUACGUUCUGUUGCUGCUUCUUGGUUGUUGGAUGUGUGCUUCCUUUUGUACAGCGUUCCGGAUGCAUAAAUGGGAGCGCUGUCUCUGUAAAAAGUCAUAUAGAAUCCGUCCCACGGACAUCAUUAAAUGGACCCUGUAUUCUCCAAGUGCAUCCUGCAGUGCUUAUGAGAUUGUGGUGACAAUAAAGAAUGGUCGGAAAAUAUGCCUCCAUCCAGACACAAAGACAUGGAAGCUCAUACUGAUUGGAGAGCGUGGACCGAUAUAAUGCCUAUAUUAAAUCAAGGCAAUUGUGUACAAAGUUCUAACAUUUUUGCUUGUGUCUGAAUGUAUUUCUGAACCAGUAUUUUUUAUAUUAUAUAUUUUGCUUUAAAAACAA